UGUUAAGUGUAGAGGGGGAAAGAAAGCAUAGGAUCUCUCUGGAAGGUUCAAGCUCCUCUAUUGCCCAUAUAAGGAUGAUGAACAUCACCGUGUUUCUCCACAUUUUACGUUAAAAGACCGUAACUUGUCCAAUUCUUCUCUCCCUAUCCUUCCUUCCAUCCAGAGAAUGAGCCGCCACCCAAUUGUGAAGUGGGCGCAAAGAAGUGACAAACUUUACCUCACUGUUGAGUUGCCUGAUGCUAAGGAUGUAAAGCUCAAGCUUGAACCUGAAGGAAAGUUCAGCUUUUCUGCUACUAAAGAUGAUAUCCCUUACGAGGCCGACAUUGAAUUGUUUGAUAAAGUCAAUGUAGAGGAGAGCAAGUAUAACUUUGGUAUCAGAAGUAUUGUAUAUGUUAUAAAGAAGGCAGAGCAGAAGUGGUGGAGCAGGUUGGUUAAGCAGGAAGGGAAGCCUCCGGUGUUUCUCAAAGUUGACUGGGAUAAAUGGGUUGAGGAAGAUGAUGAGAAUGAUGCAGGUCGAUUGGAUUUUGAUGGCAUGGAUUUCUCGAAGUUAAACAUGGGUGGGGAUGAUUUUGAUGAGGAAGAGUUGAAGGAUGAAGAAGAAGGAGCAAAAGUCAAGGAAGCAGAGGAAGGCGGCCAAGCAGCAGAAGCGAAAGAAGCAGAAUCUAGCACAUCAGCUGCUCAGGAAGCUAAGGCUUGAUUGUUUUGCAAGGCGACCAGCCUAAAUUGGCUAAUUCAAGCUUUUUAUGAUCUUUAAUUACUUCUGAGAAGCUAUGUUGUUUUAUUACAUGUCAUUCCUGAUCUUUACUUUCCUCUAGUGAUUAAAUCAAAACAAUGUUUAUCAAAUACCUUAUAUUCCAUGACAUUUUUAUUCC